AAAACAACUGCAAAUCUUCACGUGUCUUCUCUUUUGUUUCAUCACAUGAUCUCUCCUUUCUUCGCCUCUCUCUGCAAAUCUAAUCCUUUCUCUUACAAUUCAUCUUCCCCCAAAAAGACCCUUUAAAUUUUAUAUACAUAUACAUAUCCACCUACACAACGUUGGCAAUGGACAAGAAGAAGACUGUUGCUGCUUCAUCCUCUUCUUCCUCGUCUUUCGACCAUAUAUUUGGUCCAAGAGCCUCUUCAUUGUCUUCUUCAUCAACCAGUGGAUUGUUCAAAUCUAUCUUCCCACCACCCUCUGCGGGGAUGUUGGGGAGGCAAGUGGGCUUCACAAGUGAAGGUGGACAACUGAAGUAUCAAUCUGCAAAUGAAAGAGGUGAAAGAAGCAACAAAAAGGAGAAAAAGAGUUACCAUUAUAAUGAGGAAACAGAACCACCCUGCCACUUGAGCUCAUCCAUUUACUAUGGAGGCCAAGAGAAAUAUUCCUCCACAACGACUACCACCAAAGAUACUUACACGAAAGAUGGAGAGGAAGGCGAUUCCAAAAGCGCAUCAAGAGGAAACUGGUGGGAAGGGUCGCUAUAUUACUAACAUGCACUGCAUGUCGUGCAAUCCUGAUUUUGAGCAACUGCUAAGGGAAUUAAGAGACAAUCUUAAUAUGAAAGUACUACUAUAUACAAGCUAUAUAAAGAUCCUUUCUAAAUUAAAGAGUGUACGUAGUAUUUGUAUAAAAGAAGAGUAACUUGUUCUUGACAUGUUGAUUUGUUCUGUUCACGAAAAACGCAACACUAAGACAAGCCUCUUGGAUGAUAUUAUUGUUUGUUCUAAUAGUGUGUCUAUGUGGUGUGAUGCGAUGUUAUAUGAUGCAUUUGGUGCUAUAUGUAUGAUUGUAAUAUAACUUUAUAUUUAGAUCAUAAUGAAUAAGCAUAUU